UCCAUCACCUUGUUCUUCCAUAUCCUUCCCUCUUCCUCACUCAGAAUGCAAUCCUUUACCAUCAUUAUCCAUGUCCUCACCUUGUCCUUAUUGUAUCAUUUCUAUGUGAUUCUAGCUCAGCAACCUUACAUUGGUGUGGCCACAAAUGCAUGUUCCCAAACUCUUAACUCAAAUUCAAUCCUUGGUUACACUUGCAAUGGCUUGAAACCUAGUUGCCAAUCUUACCUUACCUUCAAGUCUCAAAUCAACUACAACUCUGUUCCUACAAUUUCUUCUUUGUUAAACAUUGAUCCCACCCAGCUUUCCAAAGCGAAUUCCGUUUCCCAGAACGCAACCUUUGAAAUAAACAAGCUGGUGAUUGUUCCUGUAAACUGUUCCUGUUUUGCUAAUCAGUAUUAUCAGUAUAACACUUCUUAUAAGGUCCAAAGUGGAGACAACUAUUUCAUCAUUGCUAACAACACUUUUGAAGGCCUUUCAACAUGUCAAGCAAUGAAGGAUCAAAACAAAAUCGAUGAGUUAAAGCUUUCACCCGGUGAUAAACUUAGAGUUCCUCUUAGAUGUGCUUGUCCUACAAAGAAUCAAACAGAGAAAGGUUUCAAGUACCUAUUGAGUUACUUAAUUUCCUUUGGAGAUGAUGUUUCUCAAAUCAGUGAAAGAUUUGGUGUCACCAUUGAAACAAUUCUUGAAGCUAAUAGCCUUUCUUCACAGAAACCAACCAUCAAUCCUUUUACCACACUUUUGGUUCCCCUUCAAGAAAAGCCAUCAAGUUCACAAACGGUUAUGACUCCACCGCCUCCGUCUCUGUCGCCAUCGCCACCGCCUCCGUCUUCUUCUGGUGGAAGUUCAAGCAAGACUUGGGUCUAUGUGGUUGUCGGAGUUGUCGGAGGUGUAGUCUUAGUCUUAGUUUUAGUCCUCUUCUCCAUCAUUUUCAGGAAGCAUUUUAUCAGGAAGAAGAAGAAAGGCAAUUCUGUGAUUGUGUCCAAGAGCUUUGAAGCAAUUGAGAAACAACAGGGGAAGAAGUUGGAGGAAGAUUCAGAAACAUUGUCAGAGAUCAUAUCCGACAUAGCACAAUCAUUCAAGGUUUACAGAUUCAAGGAACUGCAGAGUGCAACAAAUGAUUUCAGUUCCGAAUUCUUGAUCAAAGGGUCGGUGUAUCGCGGCCUUAUAAACAGAGAUUUAGCUGCAAUCAAGAAGAUAAACAGAGAUGUGUCUAAAGAGGUACAAUUGCUGAACAAAGUGAAUCAUUCUAACGUGAUUCGCCUCUCCGGCGUUAGCUUCAACGAGGGACAUUGGUAUCUUGUUUAUGAGUAUGCUGCUAAUGGACCAUUGAGUGAUUGUAUUUUCAUGGAAAAUGGACAGUUCUUGAGUUGGAAACAGAGAAUAAAAAUUGCAUUGGAUGUGGCCACAGGACUUGACUAUCUUCACAGUUUCACUUCUCCACCUUUUAUCCACAAGGAUUUAAAAUGUGACAACAUUCUUCUAGACGCUGAUUUCAGGGCGAAGAUUGCCAACUUCGGCCUCGCCCGGUCGAUACAAGGCGAGGAAGACGAAUUUUCGAUGACAAGGCACAUAGUGGGGACAAGAAAUUACAUGGCUCCUGAGUAUUUGCAGAAUGGUAUAGUGUCUACAAAGCUUGAUGUCUACGCAUUUGGGGUUAUGGUGGUGGAAAUACUCUCUGGAAGAGAGGUUGCUGCUAUCUACGAGGAAUAUGACAAGAAGAAUUUAGAAGAAAUUUUAAGCAGCAUAGUUAAAGAGGAAGGUGAUCAUGGAAAACUAAAGGAAUUUAUGGAUCCGUUAUUGAAAGGAAAUUAUGCAACGGAGCAUGCUGUGUUUAUUAUUGGAAUGAUUGAAAAAUGUAUAAAGAAAGAUCUAGCUAGUCGACCUUCAAUGCAAGACAUUGUGUCAUCUUUGUCCAAAGCAUUGGACUCAUUGAACUGGGAAUCCUCGGUUAAUAUCUCAGGAUAGCAGGGCUUUAGCUAAAAAAAGAAAUUGAUGUUGUGACUUUUGACAAA